AAUUAUUGUACAUAUAUGAUGAUUACUAAAGUUAUCGAGAUGCUUUUUUUUUUUUAAUUUUUUAUUACUUAAGCUCUUCCAGUCGAUAGAAAUAAUGAUAGUAUUUUUCUUUCGAAAAAGGUACACGCACGCAAGGUAUAAAAUCCACGAAAUUUUCACAACUUUUUCACCAAAACCCAAACAUAUUUAUACGCUGACUGGAAUCAGAAUAAAAUGGAUAAAAUGAUUAUUCGCAAUUCUUUCGAAAGGAAAUGCGUCUAAGAUUUUUGAUUAUCGACUGAGGAUAAGUAGAUUUUCUUUCGUACCGAGUAAUGGUAAAUCUGAAAUCUACUUUACCAUUGACAAAAAUACAAUUUGACAUAUUUUAAUAGAAAAUUAUUUAUUGGAGCAUCGUUAAUAGACUAGAAAAGUGAUAUCGUAAAAGUAUUACCUAAAAAUUCGAAAUAGAAAGUUGAUUUUCCCAUAAUCAUCUGUAAUUAAUAGAAGGACAAAGCUUCGUUACUAGUUAUUCAGCACAUACGAAUUCGAAAGAACGCUGAUUGGUUACGUCGAAGUAAUUGAGUAUUUUGAACACGCAUGCGUAUUAUCGUCACCUUGCUUAUAUCAUCGAAGUAUAUAUAUAUUACAUAUCUAUUAUAAUUAAUUUUCUGUCAUCGAGAAAGAAUGCUGGAUACAUGGACGAACGAUAAAACAUAUACCAAGAAGCAAUUAUUUCCUCGUACCUUAAAACGUAAACAAAACGUUUAUAAUAAAGAAAAAUACUGUGAUGUGUUUUAUGAUUAAUUGAAAUCACAUUAAACACUUUAAAUAUAUUAUUUCUCUCGUAUAUAUAGUUUUAUCGAUCGAUUAUGUAAUCAAUCGAUGAAAACAAUCGAGUAUAAUUGUUAAAAGUAACACCAGACGGCGCAUAAAUCGGAUGUUAGUUGAAUAACGCUGUAGUUGGAGCUAGUAGAAAUCCCUUCUGUCCCAACUAGACAGUAGUGGUUUUGAUUAUUUUUUUUUUCGUUUUUCCUUUUUUUUUCUCUGUCUCUCUGUCUCUCUCUCUCUCUCUCUAUCUCUCUCUCUCUCUCUCUCUCUCUCUCUCUCUCUAUCUUUUUUUUUCUCUCCUUUUCUCUAUCUCCUUACGUUUUUCACUUUGUUUAUAUAUUAUGUUAAAUUAAAUUCGGUGUAUUUUUGUAUAGUUACGAGUACAUAAUAUAAGAGCGAAUGUGAAAGAUGAAAAAUGCGAAAGUGAAAACAGCAAGGGACUGUUCGGACCAUUUUGGGGAUCAAGGAGGAUAUUUUGAUGUUGUCGUACGUCCAAUGUUACAACAAGGUCAUGAAGGAGAGUUAUGUGGUUGGUUAAAAGAAAUGAGCUUAAUUCGUACCGUUUCAAAUUGUCCUCAUUUGGAUUGUAAAGGAAGAAGUUUGGUUUGGAAUCCUGCCAGGAUAGUUGAUAAAUAUAAUUGGACUUGUCCUGAUUGUACUAAAAAACAAUCUAUCAGAGAGAAGUCCUUCUUUUUAGGGAUAAAAUGUGAUUUAAAAUUGUGCCUUCAAUUGAUAUUAGGAUGGUGUCAAAAGAUUUCAUAUGAGGAUGCUGCCUCUUAUCUUGAUAUUAAAACUCAUAUAGUUAAGAAAGUCUAUGAAAGAUGCGAUGAAGUUUCAGAAACGUAUGUGAUGAGCCAUCCAGAAGAUUGGAUUCUUGGGGAUAAGAGUACAAUAGUAAUCGUUGAUGAAUUCCCAGGGGGUUGUAUGACUAGAAAUUAUAUAGAUACAAGUACUAAUAAAAAACGUAACAAUAAUUCUCAUACUAUAGUGUGUAUAGCUGAAGCAAAUACUUUGCCACCCCGUAUGUGGUUACAUAUGAUAGAAGCAAUUCCAGAGCCAAUCAAAAUGGAUAAUAUAAAAAAGGAUGUUAGUAAAUGUAGUAUGGUCGAUGAGGCCUUGAAAGAAAUAACACGGCACACAGUACCUGGAAGUUAUAUUAUAGCUAAUAAUAAAGCUCGUUGCUGUAGCUAUGAAUCAUUAUUAGAAUUAAAGCAAUAUAAAGUUAUUAGCGUUGAACAAUUACAAAAAUUUGAUCCCCCAGGAAAGGGUAAACUUCUUGAGAAUUUAGAAACUAUUUGGCAAACGGGAGUAGAAAUAUGUGAAGAAAUUCAAGAAACUACCCAUACAUUGGGUCAACAUAUAAUAUCAAGGUAUCUAUGGAGACAAAGAUUUGGUUCUUCGCCUUCAACGGCAUUUCAAUACAUGUUAAAUCAUAUAGCUGAAUGUUUUCGAUUUUCUUGAAUUUGAAUCAUUCAUCAAUUCUAUUGAAUUUAUUCUUUUAUAUUAUCAUUGUUAUUUCCCUUACUAUUAAUAAUUUGGAUAUUACUGUUAUACAGAAGGUAAAUAUUUUUGGAUGAAUAAUCAAAAGUUAACAUUUUUAGAAUAUAUGGUAAUAAUGUUUUUUUUAAAUAUUACGAUCUGUAUAGAUUUUAAUACAGAUUAUAAUGAAAUAGCACAAAAUAUUUUCUAAAUAGGAUAAUGAGAGUUAAUAUUUGAAAAGAAAAACUUUUUACAAUAUUAGCAAAAAAAUUUUUAGAAUCGUAAAAGAUAGAUUAAAAAAAAAAAAAAAAGAAAAAAAAUAAUAAUGUUUUUGAAAUUUUCUAUCAGCACUUUAACACUUUUGUGAAGAUGGUUAUUCGCAAAUUAAUGAUAUAUUUUAUAUAAAAUGUUAUCUUAUGGAUAGUAUAAAUUUACUAUCAUUCAUGGUAAACACAUAUGCUACAUGUCUUCCAAUUAAUUUUUGGAAUUUUGUAUAUUAAAUUGUAUCUUUUAAAACAAUUGUUGACAUCUUAUAGCUAUAUAUCAUUAUACAAGAUUAAAAAAAGAAAUUAUCUUUAUUUUGAUUAAGUCUUAGAUUGUAUUUUUAUGUACGUAAUGUUCCAAUGAUAUUUAUCAUUUUGAUUUAACAUAUUAUCAUAGAUGCAGUUGAUGAUUUGUACAGAUUCCAUCAGAAGACUGAUGAUAUUGAUGGUAAUGGAAUAUUUCCAGAUACUUUAAUACAAUAAUAUGAAAUACAUUAUUGCUCUUUUUUUUUUUGUUUUAAUUCAUGUUUUAUUUCAUGUAUACUUUUUUCUUUUUUCUUCUUCUUUUUUUUUUUUUUUUUUUUCUUUUCUUUAUUAAUGUUCAUGUGUAUUGAUAAAAAGGGAAUAUCUUAAAAGAUUUUGAAUUUAAAUGUAUCAAAGUAUCAUUUCAAUCGACAUAUGAAAUAUUUUGAUAUAAAGGAAAUGAUAAAAAUUAUUAUUGGUAAUUUUUCUUGUAAUUGAAAAAAAAAAAAAAAACAUUGAAUCUGAGAUAAUACUUUUUUUGUGAACAUAAAUAGCAUCAUAUCCAAAGCAUUUUACCAGUAUUAUAACAAAUAUAAUUGUACAUGCGUGGUAGCAGGAUAAGUUUUUCUUAAUCAUGAAAAAAAACCAUGAGAAAUCAUAUGUUCUUGGAUUAAGUUAUGAAUGGAAUAACUUAUAUGAAGAACUAUUGUUGUGAUAGAAAAAAAAAAAAAAAAAAAAAAAAAGAAAAGAAAUUAUUG